AUGAGUUUGGGCCGAGUUGGAGGUGCAUGUGAACCGGAAGUAGUUGAGUCACAGGUGGAAGAUGCUGGAGUUGUGGGGCCGGUGCGCGAAGACGAAUUUGCUGAUUUGUUACUGGUUAUUGGAUCUGAUGGGGCUGGAUUGGGAUUAUGGGCAACGGAACCCGGUCCGACACCUGCAUCCAAGACUGCUGUCGGUGUUCUAGGGGGAAAAGAAGUUAGAAUGAUGUGGAAACAGACUAAAAGAGAACUCAAAGCGUUGUCUCCAAUGCUUAAUUAG